CUGAAAAGGAUCCGGGAGACCGCAACCCCAGUGUGCUUUGCGCCUCAUUCUUGGCCAGCGCGCCUGCGCUGCCUUGAGCAGCCAGUUACUUGCGUCAGCAGCAGUCCUGCUCUCAAGCCGUGGUAGCAGCCAGGGUUCAGAAAAAUGUGGGUGUUUGGUUACGGGUCCCUCAUCUGGAAGGUGGACUUCCCCUACCAGGACAAGUUGGUUGGUUACAUCACAAACUACAGCCGGCGCUUCUGGCAAGGCAGCACUGACCACCGCGGGGUUCCCGGCAAGCCUGGAAGAGUUGUGACUCUUGUUGAAGAUCCUGGGGGCAGUGUAUGGGGUGUUGCUUACAAACUACCAGUAGGAAAAGAAGAGGAAGUAAAAACAUACCUUGACUUCAGAGAGAAAGGAGGCUACAGAACUACAACAGUCAUUUUUUAUCCAAAAGAUCCUACAAGAAAACCAUUCAGUGUUUUGCUCUACAUUGGAACGUGUGACAAUCCUAACUACCUUGGUCCUGCGCCUCUGGAAGACAUAGCUGAACAAAUUUUUAAUGCAGCUGGUCCAAGUGGAAGAAAUACAGAAUAUCUUUUUGAACUUGCCAAUUCCAUUAGGAGACUUGUGCCGGAAGACGCAGACGAGCAUCUCUUCUCCCUGGAGAGAUUAGUAAAGGAGCGUCUAGAGGGCAAAUAGACCUCAGUAGCACAGCCACCAGCUCCUCCACCAGGCAGGGCUGCUAGCCCUCAGAAAAUAACUUCAGUCCAAGAGAGCAGUAGGAUUUGGACAUUUUUACUUGAAGACCUUAGUAUUCACUGUUAUAAUCAGAGUAUCAUCUAAAUUUACUGUUUAUUUACAAGAGUCCUAAAACAUGUUCAGAAGAUUUGCAUACAGAGGAAGAAGGAGUUGAAGUUAUACAAGUGAUUUUCUAACUAGAUAUGGACAUUUGUUCAUUAGACAUACAGGUUUCAGGUCACUUCCUGCUUUUAUCAGAGUAACCAUGGUUUAUAGUUUAUAUGCUUAAAAUAACGUUAUUAGAAAUAUAUGGUAAUAGAUAAGGUUCCUUGUUAUUUCAGAUUAAAUAAAAGUCAAAUUUAGGCCAAAAGAAAUUGGGUUUGUUAACAUAAAACUUUCCUUGGAA